CGGUGGAAGUCACGUGACACAACAACAGGAAGUCGGUCCAGUCGUGGAUGUGUCAUGAGACCAGAGCCAGUUUUUAUCUGUGACAAAAUGUGAUCGUUAAUAUGAUGAGAGUCAGGUUUGUGUUUGUGUCACGUGAGGAGUUAGUGCAGCCGGAGAAAUGAGUGUGCGAGCUUUGUGGAUUGUUUCUCACGAGAAGGGAGAAAACGUGUCGAUACGAUUCUCGAGGAGGUUCUCCACUGUGGAGCACCGUGCUAAAUGCCUGGCAGGUUCCUCCUAUGUAGCCGUCCCAGAGGACGGCACUGUGCUGCAGCUACUGCUCACUGAGCUGGGCCUCUCCGAGCCAGACAAGUCCUAUGUGGCCCUCAGAGACGACUGCCUUCAUCGCCAGCGGUCACCGGCACUGGAGCUGCACGUGGAUGGUCCUGGAAAAGGAAUACUGUGGCCGGUGUUGGCCAUCUCACAAGGGCCCCUUAUCCUGGCUUGCCUGUGUUUAGUGGAUGCCCCUCCUGAGCCACGGCCACCCCUGGCCAACCUGCUCUCUGUCUCACAGGGUCUCACCCUCCUGGCAGGCCUGCAGACUUUUCUCCUGGGCUCGGGGAACAAGCCUGAUAGCGAGGGGCCGGCCUCUCGCCUUGCAAUGCUGCCAACUGUGCUCCUGCAGGUUUGUCCACUUGGGACACCCCUGGAUGUGCCAGCGCUGGGGGCACCUGCUACGCCCACAGCGCCCACACCUGCUGGGAACCAGAAGCAGCCGGCCUGGAAGACGGGUCUCUACCGGGGUCGGGCAGUUGUGAACGUAGCUUUGAAAGAAACGGUGCGCUCCAUGCAGUAUGGGAAUCAGAGCGCACAGGACCUCUGGGAUGUUUACGGCACAGUGACAUGCAAAUGUGAAGUGGAGGGGGUGCUCCCAAAUGUGACGGUGACCCUCACACUGCCACCAAACGGUUCUCCACUACAGGACAUCCUAGUCCAUCCCUGCGUCACCUCACUGGAUUCUAGUAUCCUGACCGCCAGCAGCGUCGAUAACAGUGACAGCUCAGCGUUCUCUGGGCCCUAUAAGUUCACCUUCUCUCCUCCCCUCGAGCCCUUCAGACUAUGCAGUUAUACAUCUCAGGUUCCCGUUCCCCCUAUCCUUGGAUCGUAUCAACUGAAGGAGGAAGAAAACCAGCUGCGUGUGUCAGUAACCCUCAAACUUCACGAAAGCGUCAAGAACAGCUUUGAGUACUGUGAAGCACAUCUGCCAUUCUUUAACAGGGAUCAGAUGGGUGUGGUGGAUGUGAAGGUGAGCUCCGGGCAACUGGAUGUUUCAAAGGAGAAGAACCUGCUGGUCUGGACCCUAGGACAGAAGUUUCCUAAAUCUCGCGAGGUCAUGAUGGAGGGCAGGAUCACCUUCUCUGGGCCCACACCAGGACCUACUGACCCUCUCUGCACAGAACUGACUGCCUACAUCAAAUUGUAUUUCAAGGUGCCUGACAUAACACUUUCUGGAUCCUGCGUGGAUCAGCAUUCAGUGCAGGUUUUUUCUUCUGCCAAACCACGGAUUGUAACAUCCCGAGAACUUCAAUCCAAAGAGUACUUUAUAUGGAACUCAGCAGGUGCCGCUCCGGUGUCCUCUGGGCAGAUGAUGCUGUAGCGUGGAUCUGUAAAAGAGGAGCUUGGUGUUCAAGACACAAGGGCCACCCCUCGCUCUGACAGUCCCACUUCAGUGGCUCUCCAUCAGCCGGAUAAUUAGCAGCUGGGACCUUGUCAUCAGCUGUUGUGGGCCUGAAGGAGACAGGCGGCUGGGCUGUGAAAGGCCAGGCUGCUCUGGCCAGUGUUUUGGCUACAAAAGGCUCCUCUUUUAGAGCUGGCAGGAGCCCUUACCCCGACCAAUCACUCCCCCCCGCCUCUUCUUGACCCCGUCCCCGCCCUGUCAACUAGUGGUUCGUUCAAACACACAACCUCUCCAACCAGACUGUGAUUGAGCGCUGACCCUCUGGCCCUCAGAGACUUUAAAGGCAGACGGUCCCAUUCAGCGAGCAGGAGCUGCCUAAUUGGUGAAAAAGUCACAAGGACAGUAAUGGUGGGUUGGCCUUUUGAGGUUGCAGAGGUGCUUUAACUCGAUUAAUCUAGAACCUCGGGUAUUUGAUUUUUUAACCCUAUUGUUACAACACAAAAGGGUAGAUCUUCCUUUUAUCUUUGCUUAAAUAUGUAAAAGUUAUUUGAAGACAUGUUUUUUCCACAGUUAACAAUGACUUUACCUGAACUAUGAUGAGUAAUAAUAAUGAAUAACCAGCCGACGAAGGGUUAAAUUCGAGGCCCACUGCUUCUCAGCAGCCAGACUCCUCUGAGUGGCCUCAUUGUGUGCUGUUGGCCUCUUGUGCCCCUUGCUGGUCCAAAUGCUACAUUCUCACGUGGAUUUCCACUCCGAAGGCUGACCAUGACCAAUCCUCUGUCAAUUGGAACCAAUUGCUCACACGGCAUCCUUCACCUUCUUUUUAUGUGGCAGUGCGGAGUGGCAGACACCAAGACCUCUCGGCUCUCCCCUCCAGGAUGAUUUGGCUUUAAGGCCCAGUGUAUGUGGCUAGCGAACCGGAAGAGGAGAAGAUUUUUUUUUUUUUUUUGAGGACUUGGGCCACUCUAAAGCUCCUCAAUAUGUGGUCAGUCUGGCUCCUGUAGUCUGCAGUCACUGGCCUCUCGCUGGCAGACUUUGCUUUGUUGAUUGAAUGGCUCGCUAAGUAGACGGACUCGUUUUAAUGCGUUGCUGUGGUCCGGUGCCUUCUGCUCACGCUUUGGGUGUGAAACCUGAUGAGCUUUUCACAAUCACAAGUGUAUUUCCUCACUGUUAACAUGCAAAUAUUUAGGGGAUUAACGAUUUUCUGUUACAAUAACCUUUGAAAAAAUAAAUUUCUGAACGUAAAGCAACACUGUGUAUCAUUAUAAAUCAUGUUAAUGCAUCCUGAGAAUGGACAGAAUUAAGUGAUAUAAAUGAAUGUGAUGAUACCGAAAGAUUUUCCAUAUGACAACGCUACACACAUAAUAAAAACCUGAGGUCCACUGAGCUGUGGGUGUUCACUUCACUGUGUCCCUCAGCACAAUCAUGACACCCAGUGGCAGAGCUCUAUACAGUUCAUAUUACACUUCUUCUCUUCAAUUAACAUUCAUUCUUAUCGAAAUAGUUCCACUGAGAUGGCGCCACACAAUCUUUGCUAAUUAAUUCCUGUCCGGCCCCCUGCUGUGUGAUGUGAUCACAGCAGGGUUCCUCUAACGCACCGUGCCCGAGGAGGACCCAGGCUUUUGUCGGCCGCUGUGGCCUCAGGUGUUUGGUGGGAGUCCAGUUCCUCUCAGCCCCUCAUACCCUCGCUGAGAACCAGCCUCAGAGAGACCACUUGAGGAUUUGAUGGUGCAAUUAGCAUUUUCCUCUUCACGGGUCUAAUUUAUUCUUCAAGAGCCACAAAUCUUUUCAAAUAAUGGGACACGUUAUCUUUGGAAGCUGAAGGAUUCUUUUGUGCUAAUAUCUACAUCCAAUGUUCCAAUGAGAAAGCAGAUGUGAAUCUUUCUGAACUUAAUUUUACUUUUAGAUGUUUGUUAUCAGUAUUGCAGAAAGACUACAUGAGCUUCUCCACGUUAGUGCGUCACUCUCACCUGUAGAGGGAGCCAUAAACUCAGUCAUGCAGGGAAUUUGAAGUUUGUUCAUCUGGAAAGUUGAUUGGAUGCCAUUUGAAAUCAUACAUGAUGAAAUAUGAAAUGUUAAUUUGUUAAAGCAUAUAAAGAUAUAAAUAAACACGAUCCCAUGA